AUGCCGCUACCUCCUGUUCUGCGUUCUCUCGUCCGAAGUACACCAACCGUUGCAAACAUACCACACAGAGCUGUCAUCUCUGUCACUGGAUCUCAGGCUGCGGAGUUUCUGAACGGAUUGACUGCUGCUUCCGUGCCGGGACAUCCUCAGAGCCAUUUCUACACUGCGUUCCUACAUGCUCAGGGAAGGGUGAUUCACGACAUAUUCAUCUGGGCCGACACGACGCCCAAAGGCACCCCCGGGUACCUUAUUGAAUACGAUGGACAUCCGUCCGAAGCACCCGCUCUUCUCCCCAUGCUGAAGCGCCACAUCCUACGGUCCAAAGUCAAGCUUAGGGAUGCCACUGAGGAGUACGACAUCUGGCAGGCCUGGGGAUCUGAGAGGGAGGAGUCUUGGGAGACUGAACGGCAAUGGGACUUCGCUCGGAGCGGCGUUAUCGAGCCUCGCUGGGACAAGGGCGAAGAGUGGCCUUGGGGCUCUUCCCAGGGUGUGCUGAGGGAUAGGCGGGCAGUUGGCAUGGGCCGCCGAUUGCUGGUUCGGAAGGGCGAUCGUCCGCAGGAAACGGGAGGCCAUGAUGUUGUUGGACCAGAGGUGUACCUCUUGCAUCGAAUAUUACACGGUGUUCCGGAAGGCUCCAUCGAUAUUCCGCCUAUGCAGGCGUUCCCUAUGGACUCAAAUAUGGACGUCAUGGGAGGACUCGAUUUCCGCAAAGGUUGCUACGUCGGCCAAGAGUUGACUGUGCGGACUUACCACACGGGUCAGCUGAGAAAGCGGAUUCUCCCCGUCGUCUUACACAAGCCAGAUAUGUCUCUGGACUCGUUGCCUCAAGACAUUCCAACUGUCCUGCCUGAGACGGACAUUCGUCCACAGCUGCUCCAGACGGGCGAGGACGGUGCCCCUCGACCACGUCCCCGUGGAACGGGUAAAAUGCUAAGCGCGACGCAAGGUGUUGGACUCGCUCUAUUGCGACUGGAACAAGUUGAGGCGGUAGAGCAAGGGAAGGCGAAGUUAUCCUUGAGUAGUCUGGCAGGUCAUGAGCUGGCGGUUACACCUUAUUGGCCGGAUUGGUGGCCACAGCAGCCCCUGGACUCGGACUCUGCAUAG